GGGAUGCUUUGCACAUAUCAACCAUCGGUCAGUUAAACGAGCUCCCGCGAGAAGCGCUGCUGAACGCGAGAGAGGCGUGUAGAGGAGCGAGUUGCACUGCGAGUUCUAGAAAGGCUGUGAGCGAUAAGGCACUGCAGCAGAAAAGGCAACCGAGAGAACAAACCGGAGAUCAAAAAAAAAACAAACAAAAAAAAAAACUGGUCUUGUAUCGCUGCAACCACCGUCUAUCUUACUCCUACUGUUAGCUUUUCAAACGCACCUGGAUCUUUGCAACUGAGGGCGCCUGCAUGUAAUUUUUACGUUUAAAUUGUUUUAAAAAAGCAGAAGUUCAGACAAAUUGGUGUGUUCCUGCUCGUGCAGGGGAUUCGUUUCUGUAGGAAUGUCGCACAAGGAGAGACCCACUUUCUACCGACAGGAGGUCAACAAAACAAUCUGGGAAGUCCCGGAGCGGUAUCAGAGUCUGUCGCCGGUUGGUUCUGGUGCUUACGGAACAGUAUGCUCCUCCACUGAUGUCACAUCAGACCUCAAGGUGGCUGUGAAGAAGCUUUCCAGACCUUUUCAAUCCAUCAUUCAUGCAAAGAGGACUUACAGAGAGCUGCGGCUGCUGAAACACAUGAAACACGAGAAUGUGAUUGGACUAUUGGAUGUUUUCACACCAGCAACAAGCCUGGAAGAAUUCAAUGAUGUGUACCUGGUGACACACCUGAUGGGAGCAGAUCUGAACAACAUUGUGAAAUGUCAGAAGCUCACAGAUGACCACGUGCAGUUUCUAAUCUACCAGAUUCUCCGAGGUCUCAAGUAUAUACAUUCAGCUGAUAUAAUUCACAGAGAUCUGAAACCCAGUAAUUUGGCAGUAAACGAGGACUGCGAAUUGAAGAUUCUGGACUUUGGUCUGGCCCGUCACACGGAUGAUGAGAUGACAGGCUAUGUGGCGACGCGGUGGUACAGAGCCCCUGAGAUCAUGCUGAACUGGAUGCACUACAACCAGACAGUUGAUAUUUGGUCGGUCGGGUGCAUUAUGGCUGAGUUGCUCACCGGAAGGACCCUGUUCCCUGGCACAGAUCAUAUUGAUCAGUUGAAGCUAAUAAUGCUGCUCGUCGGGACCCCAGGGUCAGAGCUCUUGAUGAAAAUAUCUUCAGAGUCUGCCAGAAAUUAUAUUAACUCUCUGCCUCACAUGCCAAAAAGGAACUUUGCAGAUGUGUUCAUUGGAGCCAAUCCAACAGCUGUCGACCUCCUGGAGAAGAUGCUGGUUCUGGACACAGAUAAGAGGAUCACGGCGGCCGAGGCGCUGGCACACCCCUACUUCACACAGUACCACGACCCCGACGACGAGCCGGAGGCAGAGCCCUACGAUCAGUCCUUCGAGAGCAGGGAGCUGGAGAUCGAGGAGUGGAAGAGGCUGACCUAUGAGGAAGUGAUCAGCUUUGAGCCGUCUCCUUUUGAUGCAGAUGAAAUGGAGUCUUGAGUUGUUGGAGUGCUGCUGCUGUUUCACACGCGUUUCGUUUUCCUGUCGCACUGCAAGGACUUUCUAACUCGCUGGACCUUUUCUAAACAUCAUUCAAGUGCCUGCUGUGUGUCAGUGAUGGGGAAUCGCUCUCUGUCUGGGUUAAAGGGUUGAGAAGGCUUCUAUACAGCUUGGACUAGGUUCUUCCUGCUUGUGGGUUAAACACUUCUGUUUCAGGACUGGGACAAAGUAUUUUAUUUUGUAUUUUUGUUGUUUUCUACCAUAAACUUCACUAAGGGUUUUACAGAUGAGAGAAUGAUUAGUUUAUAUAUUUUUAAAUGUAAUUGAAUUAGGUCAUCUGGAAAGGCUGGUUAGUUGUUUCUGUUUCUUCUGGAGCAUACAGCUACAGUAAUUAGACGGUUCCCUUUCCAUCUAAUGGUGUCAUUUUAUUUGUAAACGCCGGAGUUGCAAAUUGGAUUAGGUGCCAUGAGCUGCCAGUAGAUAUGGCAGUCUGUGUGACUUGUGUAAUGUGCACCACACCAGGGAUGUGGCUCUGAACACAGUAAUAUUAAACACCACAGCAGUAAUAUUGUACUUCGUUCACUCGAAGAAGAGAAGAGACGUCCUCUUGUAAUAUGCAAGCCAAUUCAUACUGGUAUUGUGUUUUUAUAAUUUUGCGCUAUUUGGAAUUGUCACAGUAUUAUAAAUUGAAUGCAAGUGAAAUACUUUGCAGAAUAGUGCUAGGAACGAUCUUAAAUUGCAGUUUGGAGGGAGUUCAUUUUUUUAAAUGCAAAUGAUCAGAUGAAAGGGUAAGUGGUAGAAAGACACCUGUGUGUGUGUGUGUGAUUUGUGUUUUUUUUAUUGAAUAUUGUGCAAUUCAUUUUAAACAGGUUCAUUCUCAUGUUGGAGGUUUCCAGUUCAAUUUUGAUUUCAAAGCUUAACAUAUCGUGUGUGUGUGAGAGAGAGUAAUCCUUAAGGAAUAUGCUGUUUUCAAAGUAAAACAAUUUGUCCCAGUUUCUCUUUUGUGUAUUUUACCAUGUCAGGUCACUGUGACUGUUCAGUAUUUUCUAUGUUAAGCUUUUGCAAGCACUUGUAAUUCAGAUAUAUGUUUGUAAGCCUUCAUAUUAAUGUAAUAGUGCAUGCACACUGUGUACACAGACCUGGGGAGCCCUCUUGAGCUUGAGCCAGGGUGCACCUCUCGUUUUAUCUUAGAAACGUUUUAGUUAUUUGAAAGUAAACACUUGUUUUUCUUUCAUUAAUAUUAUUAUUAAUAUAAAUUAGUGGUUUGAAGAACCUGAAACUUCAUUUUGGAGUGGGCAAUCAGAAGAGAGACCAAAAAUCUGAGAUUGCAAACAGAGAAGCUGAAUGCAUUUCUUUAUAUAAACUGGUGAAGCGAUUUAAGGAGCGUGCUUUACUUGUUUCCACGAUCGCGCACCGCACCCUCUCGCACGCUACAGGACAGGCCUGGGGUCUGCUUCUCAAGUUCUUGCAGAUGUGUCUCCGAAGUUUUGACACGAGACACGCUCAAUCCCAGCAAAAUCCAUUCAGGUAUAAAUAGAAUAUUUACAAAAUGCAGUUCAGGAUGUACAUACAUAGAUCAGUUGUUUGGGGAGGGAGGGGUAGUUUUUAUCGUGUUUUCAUUGUAAACUCGAUCCUGUAAAGCAAUAUCUCUGACAAGCAUGUCUUUUCUUUUUGAUGUGUGUGUGUGUGUGUGUGCGUGUGUGUAUGUAUAAGGGAUUCGGAAUGGGAAUGUUUUAAUAGUGCAAAUGUAAAAAAAAAAAAGUUAAAAUACAAUAAAAUGAAAAAGUUAGCAUAACAAAUAUUUAUAAAUGGGUGCGUCAACACAAUGUUCGUUUUUUGGGGUUUUUUUUAGAAUACACUUCCAUUAUGCAGAGAUUAAAACUCCUGUUCUAUUGUGUACUCGUAAUGAUUCAUCGUCCUGUUAAGUGAUGCAAUCUAGAGUAACCAUGCAGUACCACUGUUUCAAAAUAAAUAAAGGCAAUUAUUUUUCAAA